AUGGACGUGAAGGGAGCUUUUGACGCAGUAUUACCAGGACGACUAGUGAACCGCCUUCGGGAACAAGGAUGGUCAAACAAAUUGGUUAAAUGGGUACAGUCCUUUGCCACCAAUCGUUACAUCAAGAUCCGACUGGACGGCGAGAUCGGCCCAAAAACAAAGCUAGAAUGCGGCCUUCCCCAAGGCUCUCCAAUCUCCCCGAUCCUGUUUAUGCUCUAUAUUGCGCCCCUUUUCUGGAUGGGCAAUCCACGGAAGAGAUUCGGGUACGCUGACGAUAUUGCGCUACUAGCAACAUCCGAUAGCCUCCAAAAGAACUGUGAUACUCUUCAAGCAAAUAUGCAAGAAGCUCUCGAAUGGGGAAAAACCGAGGGCAUCACCUUUGACCCCAAAAAAUCUGAGCUAAUACAUUUCUACAAGGGACAUCGCACACUAACUGAAGCUCCCUCAGUACACACUGGCUCCCUGAACAUCGAGGUGAAUCCUGGUCCGCUCAGAUAA